UUAUAAAAGUGGACACGUUUGAAAUUGAAGUUUCAGUUUUGUCAAAGAUUUCGGUCGGAAAUGAGCUACUAAGCAAUUCUGUCUAAACAUGAUUGGAAGGAUUCUAUUCGUUGUACUUUUUUCGAUACAAUCGACGCGUAGUGACAUUUUUGCAAGUAAAAGCAUCACUCGAGCAUUGGUUCCGCCGCGAAAAAGUUCCGAGUAUAGAAACACCUAUUCUACAACGACGUCCCUCCCAGAAGUGAUCAUCAAUCGCCAGCCAGUGAGAACAACUACUGCUCCUCAACGAGAUUUCCAAGGAUAUUACUACGAUCCUCCAAGUAACACAUAUAUCCCACCCGAGCAGCCAUUCGCAGAUGAGCCGCAACCACCACUACAGAUUCCUCCUCUUUCGGAUCAAUAUCCGUCGGUGGAUAAUCAAUAUCUGCCACCAAACGAAGAUCCUGAGACUCCCGAUAAUGUCCCAUUUGCUGACCCACCAGUCAACGAUUAUCUACCACCACCUCAGCAACCACCACAGCGUGAUGAAAUUAUUAUUGUGACAAAUGAACCCGGAUAUCAGUAUAACCCACCGAGUUCACCAGCUCCUCCGUUUGCGGACGAAGGUUUCUCUAACCCUUCGACGGAUAAUGGAUAUAACUAUAAUCGACCUUCCAAUGCUUACCUUCCUCCGACAGGAAGAGCAUUGCGGGAUGAGCUGCCAAAUAAUGCACGCCCCAUAAGACUACAACUGAACGAUCUGACCUGCCUGGACAACACUGGAGGAUUCUUCCGAUCUUCUCUCACCAUUCAAAGUGCUAUUGACAGUGUUCCACUAGUUGAUGUGACUAGUGAUGGUGACCUAAAUGGGUGUGAUGUUCGGGUUGCUCAGAAUAGACUACUGGUGGACAUUGAUGCAAGUAAUUUUAACAAGUGUGGUGUACAACAGUGCGGUGUCAAUGCACGAGAGCUGUGUUUGCGGUUGAGAUUUCCUCAAAUAGUUGACAUGCGAACCGCUGCUGAUUCAAUUCUUACCCUACAGUGCAAAAUACAGCCACGGGUCGUAGCAAAAACACAUUCUGUUCGACUUGGUAUUAACAAUGACAUUCAAGAAAGAAGUGCUUCGGGAACGUUUGCCUAUGGAGGAACCCAACGGCCAUUUCGGACACAGUUGGGGCUUUUUCGGAGAUCAGACAGUGGUAACGGCUUCACUCGAUCACUCGAACCUGGCGGAUCAGUAGUUUUGGGAGAAGAAUUGCUUCUGCGUACACAAGUUCGAAGCGGUGAUGGUUGGAACUUUACCCGGCUGUCCGAUGUCGUCAUGCAACGGCAAUCCCCUGCGGGGAAUGUAUUGAACUCCGUGACCCUGGUGACUACGAACGGUUGCCUGAAUCCAACAAUGCGAGCCAUUAGUCCACUGGCUCCUGUUUCAGAAUCACCCCUCAGUUAUAGAUUGGCUUUCAGGGCAGCCAUGUUCCAAGGAAUGCGCAGUGGAGACGAGAUGGUCAUGAGAGUGCGAAUAGUUGGAUGCGUUGACCGGCGGGAGUGUGCGGUGGAGAAUUGCGCAACCGUUCGGUCCAAACGAGACAUCGCAGAUAAUUCCACAGAUGAUACCUUCCAAGAGGACGAGCUUCCUUCAGAGGUAGCAUCGAUUUCAUUCCGGAUCAUGUUGCCUUCCAAUUCUACAAUCGACCUUCGACCUAGUGCUGAACCAACGACGCAGUUUCUCACGCUCUCGGUGGCAGUGGUCAUCUCUUUGAUAAUGCUCAUAGCGUUAAUCGUGUUGAUUACCGUCAUAAAACUGUACCGAACCAAGCAGCUUCACUACGACGAGUAUCGAUCGGAUUAAGUGUAAUAAAACGCGACGCGAUCAGCUCUAUUUCCCCGAUGUUCCGAACGAAAGUGAACGUGAGUUGAAGAACUGGUCAACCGGCGCACGUUGCGGUAGCUCUUAGCGCAUGCCGUUGCUAUUAAGAUACCCAGCCUGAGAGUGAUUGCGCGUGUGUACUUUACUAGGUGGUCAGGCCAAACAGAUGCAAUAAAACACAAAAAG